AUGUCUGGAAGGGGUAAAGGCGGUAAAGGUUUGGGUAAGGGCGGUGCCAAGAGACAUCGCAAGGUGUUGCGUGAUAACAUCCAAGGCAUCACCAAGCCAGCCAUCAGAAGAUUGGCUCGCAGAGGUGGUGUCAAGCGUAUCUCUGGGCUAAUAUACGAAGAGGUGCGCGGCGUUCUCAAGGUUUUCUUGGAAAACGUCAUCAAGGACUCUGUCACAUAUACCGAGCACGCCAGGCGUAAGACAGUCACUGCCAUGGAUAUCGUGUACUCACUAAAGAGGCAAGGUAGAACCCUCUACGGUUUCGGAGGUUAA